GGGAAUGUCGGAUUUUGCACGGCAAGCAAAACACCGGGAAGACUACACGUCCCAGCAGCCUAGGUGGCUCCUGAGUGCUCCCCGCGCCAGAGAUCUGGCGGCUGACAUUGCGCGAUCUGGCAUGGAGGAGGCGUGGAUCUCCGCGGCGAGCGAGACGGAGAAAUCGCUCUGAAGGGUCUAAAGCCGCGGGAAACCCUCCCGGAGGAGCCGCGGUGGUGCUGUUGGCCGAUGCGGAGGCUGGUGUCAUUUAAAGAUGUGGCCGUGUAUUUCACGGAGGGCCAGGGGGCUCUGCUGGAUCCAACCCAGAGAGCUUUAUACAAAGAAGUCAUGGUGGAGAAUUAUGAGAACGUGGCCUCCUUAGGGUUUCCUGCUCCGAAGCCAAAUCUCAUCUCUCGUCUGGAACGAGGAGAAGAACCUUGGCUGUUAGACUCUCCAGGGGUGGAUGCCAACAGCUCAGAGGCACUGAAGAAAAAAAAUUCCUGUCGAAAGUGUGGAAAAUGCUUCCUUCAGAAAUCGGAUCUGGCUAUCCAUCGACUACUUCACAAGGGAGAGAAACCUUUUAAAUGCCUGGACUGUGCAAAAUAUUUUGUUCAUCACUCCGAGCUUGUGAAACACCAGCGCGUCCAUACAGGAGAGAGACCCUUUAAAUGCUUCGAGUGUGGAAAAUGUUUUUCACGGCAGUCUGUCCUUGUCAACCAUCACCGGAUCCACACAGGAGAAAAACCUUAUCGGUGCCUGGAGUGUGUGAAAUGUUUUACUCAGAGAUCACAGCUCAUCCGACACCGAAGGGUCCACACGGGAGAGAAACCUUAUAAAUGUCUGGAGUGUGGGAAGUGUUUUGCCCGUCACUCGGUUCUCAUCAAUCACCAGAGAGUCCACACCGGAGAAAAACCGUACCAGUGCUUACAGUGUACCAAAUGUUUUGCCCGUCAAUCUGUCCUGGUGAGCCAUCAAAGAGUCCACACGGGAGAGAAGCCCUACAAGUGUCAGGAGUGUGGCAAACACUUUGCUCAUCAGUCGAACCUGGUCAACCAUCAGAGAAUUCACACAGGGGAGAAGCCCUACAAAUGCAUGAAAUGUGGAAAAAGUUUUGCCCAACAAUCUGAUCUUGUAAAACACAGGAGAAUCCACACAGGGGAGAGACCUUACAAAUGCCCAGAAUGUGGGAAAUCUUUUGCGAUCCGUUCAGAUGUUGUGAAUCACCAGAGGGUCCAUACAGGAGAGAAGCCUCACAAAUGCCCGGAAUGUGGGAAGUGUUUUGCUCAACGUUCGGCUCUUGUCAGUCAUCAAAGAGUCCACACGGGAGAAAAGCCGUACAAGUGCCUGGAGUGUAAGAAAUGUUUUGCUCAGCUAUCCAAUCUUGUGAAACACCAGCGAAUCCACACAGGAGAGAAACCCUAUAAAUGCCUAGUGUGUGGGAAAUGCUUCAGGCGGCGUUCCCAUCUUCACGUGCACCAUCGAGUUCAUUCGAGAGUUAAGCCUAGUGAUGACCUUAAGUGGGACAAUGGCUUUGAAGAGCCAAGAAAUGUUAUUCAGUGUGGAUCGGCGAGCUCAAAUGAAAUACAUUCUGAAUAAUUUAUAUUUAGUUAAAACGAAAAGGUUCCGGAAAAUAAUGCUUCCUUGAUGCCGAUGGAAGAAGACAGAUAUGACAGAAAUAAUGUUGAGGUACAACUCGAUCAUGGGAAAGGACUGAGUUUUAAUGGCAGUAGCAUGUGGAGCCCUAGUGGCUCAGUGGUUAAAGUGCAAUACAGGUAGUCCUUGACUUAUGACCACAACUGAGCCCAGAAUUGAUGUUGUUAAGUGAGAAAUGUGUUAAAUGAGUUUUGUCCCGUUUUAUGACUUUU